UAAAUAAGUAAAUAAUGAAAGAUAGUCAGUCCGAGUAUACUGUAUAUCAAGAAGCAAUUCUGUAUAAAAUUGAUUAUUUUUUAAUCUUUGGUGCUUAUUUACACUGUUAUCCUUGUAUACUGUUACUCUUUCAUGGUCUUUACUACUACAUAAAUCUAAUCAGUCAAGAUUGGCGUUAUUUUAUGCAAAUCAUUCGUCAUCAUUUAUGCCCAAUUAUGGAAACCCAAUAAAAGAAAAUCUUUAAAUUUCUCAAGCUUUCAUU